AUGAACAAACAAAAAAAUUCACUCAAUCACUCGUUAAUAUCUUCGUAUGAUACAUUACUGUGGCUAGAUACAAUUCCCCUAUCCCGAUCGAUACAAAAUUUGGAAGCAGAUUUCGCUGAUGGUUUAUUAGUUGCUGAAAUCAUUGCAUACUUCUACCCUGAAUAUGUCGACUUCGGCAUAUUCCAUAUCGCUCGGAAUAUGUCGGAACGAGUGAAAAAUUGGCGCUUACUGAAUUCGAAAGUAUUACCGAAAAUCGACUUUCAUACACCGGGCACAAUCGUUCACGAUAUCAUCAACGAAGAUCAUCGUACCAUUGAACUGUUCCUCGCACGUUUACGAGAAAAACUUGAAGAACACGCAUUCCGUACGGGUAGGAAAUCGCGUGUAUCAUGGGAAACCUGGCGUUCUCUAUCGACGGAACGAUAUCGUCUACCACAAAUAAUCGUCACGCCAAGACAAAAGGCUGCUCUCGUGCCUAGUUACGGAUCGCUUGUCCGAAACGGAAAACUAAUCGAUUCAUAUAUCGAUGAUAACGAAGAGAUUCUAAUGAACAAGGAAGAAGAAAUUGAGAUCUUACGCGCAAAAUUGAAACGUUGUGAGAAAGUUAUUCACACCCAGGAUAAACGGAUACAAGAAUUAGAAGAUAAGAUUGAAAAACUGAGACUCAAAUAA